AUGGCUGUCGUCAAAGGCAACGCCUAUGGACAUGGAAUAUUGGAAAUAGCUCGAACUGCUCUUGCAUCUGGUGCAACUUGGUUAGGCGUUGCUACAUUAGACGAAGCACUUGUACUGCGUCGUCAUCUAACACAAGAUACGCCUAUUCUCGUUCUGGGCUAUGUCCCUUCACAACAUUUGCCGUUGGCUAGUCGCUCAAAAAUUACGGUGACAGGCAUCUCUUUGGCAUGGGUCCAAGAAGCGUCUCGUGUCGUUCAUGAACCAUUGGAUUUUCAUCUGAAAGUCGAUACCGGCCUAAAUCGAAUAGGUUGUAAGACAUUAGACGAAGUGCAAGAAGUAAUUAACAUUGUAUCUCACUAUCCAAAUCUAAACUUAUCGGGAGUCUUUACUCACUUUUCUACAGCUACAGACAUGACCAAUACAACCUAUUUUCAAUGGCAACUAGCUCGCUUUCACGAGUUUCUCGAAGUCAUCCCUAAUCGAACCAAAAAACUUAUUCACUGUGCGAACUCAGGUGCUACUCUACUUCAUACUGAGAAGAUAUUCUUUGAUAUGGUUCGCUGUGGAAGUGCAUUGACUGGUCUACUGAAGCAACCGUCAGAACAACCACUUCCCUUCCCUCUUAAAACGGCUAUUUCCGUCCACUCGACGUUAGAUCUCAUCAAACAAGUGAAUGCUAGUGAAAAGAUUGGUUAUGGAGGUACAUAUACAACAACGCAAACUGAAUGGAUCGGUACUGUGCCUAUAGGAUACGCUGACGGGUGGCGUCAAAAUUUUAAACCAAUUGGCGUCCUCGUCGAAGGAAAACGAUUUCCGAUCGUUGGACGCAUUGCUAUGGAUCAACUUAUGAUUGGUUUCGAUCGAAUGUAUUCGGUCGGAACUCGCGUGACUUUCAUUGGACAAGAAGGCAACGAGACAAUUAGUGUAGAUGACAUCGCUCGUGAGGCAAAUGUGUCGAGGGGAGAAGUAUUAUGUUCCUUCUCAAAUCGCAUACCACGUAUUUACAAACCAGAUGUAUGGAUCAAAAGUUCUGGAAAUUUUAUGCUGCAACCAUCGACAUUACUAGAGGCUAUGCUUUUCUUUUCUUUUCUUUUCUUUUCUUUUACUAGACGUUCGUAA